AUGGCUCCGUUAACUCACGCCUCUGCGGCAGCUAUCGCCCGAUUAAGGGCCUACAAGCCCCCGCCCUUCUCAGUAUGGGACCGUCUCCCCUUGAGCAGGAGGGCAGCUGUUCUGGUCCUCCUCUUCGCGGACCGCAGAGGAGAUCUCCGCGUGGUCAUUACCAUGCGCGCAACGACUCUUCGCAAUUUCUCCGGACAGGCCGCGUUUCCGGGCGGCAAGGCAGACACGCUCGAGGAAACGCCGUUCGAGGUAGCCCGCCGCGAAGCCUGGGAAGAAAUCGGCCUUCCCAAGGACGACUCCAAGAUCCCACACCCCUUCCGCAUAGAACACCUCUGCCAGCUGCCAUUUAGCCUAUCCAAAACCGCGCUCGCCGUGCGUCCCUGCGUCGCAUUCCUGCACUCCGAUGAUGCGAGCGGGAACCAAGCCAGUGUGGAAGAGAGCAUGAUCCCACGUCUCGAUGCCAAAGAGGUAGCGGCCGUGUUCUCCGCGCCAUUCCAUAAUUUCUUGAAGGCGGAAGAUGAGGUUCGGGAGGGGGAUAAUCCGCCGGGGAAGAGGUCGGAUUGGUAUCAUGGGCGGUGGAUGCAAUGGCAUGACGGGAGGUGGAGAAUGCAUAAUUUCUUCGUGCCGAUCAAUAACCAGAGGGUCAGCAAGCCGAAGGUCAGAGAGGGUGGUCAAGCAGCCAUUGCUGAGCAACUAGAUGAGGAAGAGUCGGAAGGUUUGACUAGGUAUAAGGUCUGGGGAAUGACAGCGCGGAUGCUAGUCGAUGCCGCGAGGGUGGCCUAUGGAGAGGAUCCGGAGUUUGAAUUCAAUGCUACCAUGGGUGAUGAAAAAACAAUCGAGGAUUUGGAGAAGAUGGGUAAGCUCGGAGAGAAGACUCCUGUCGUCACGGAAUCCGAAAUAAGAGCUGCGAAGAUAGCUACCUCAACAGCAGCAGGACAAUCGAAGAUUUAA